AUGGACGCGGCUGUGGCGUCGCGCGGGAGCUGCGUCAGCAUCACCGACGCCGACAUGGUCAGUGGCAGGUCCGGAGACGGUGGAGACGCAUCGUUGUCGUCGUCGGCGUCGGGCGCAUCGUCGGGGAUGGGAGUCGUAGAUGAGGAUGCGAGCGCUGCUGUUAAUGAGGAUGGCGCUAGCGGCGGUGUUGGCGUCGAGAGGGACGGGCGCCGUAGCUGA